ACGGGGUGCGCAAAGGGUGGGUGCCCGAGGGUAACGAGAUCGUAUACCGGUUGGUCCGUAUAAGCCCCGCCUUCAUCCCGGGGGUGGAGCUUUAUCCGAGUGCCGACCCGAAGCCGACGUUUUGGACUUAGUCGACGGCAGACUUCCAUUAAAGUUGGUUCCACGGUCGUGACAUGUUUUAAAGACGACUCUACUUGGAUAAACGUAUAUUAUCAUUAAAGUCUGGUUCUAUAAUGACUAUGGACGUUCGACGGCGAUGUGUCGAGACUACGGCAGCUUUCGUCGCAUCACCCAGCACUCAUUCUCCUCGGAGUGAGAGCAGCUCGUCGCCUCCUGUGACAGUGUCGUCUCCGAAGCCCGUGAAAAGGAGCUUCGACGUCGCUUUUCUCAUGGCCCCUGACGACACGAGCAAACGCAGGCACCAGGAAGAACUGAAGGAACAGCUGCGCUUAGUCAGCACUGGCUCACUCAUCCAGCGCUACACUUCUGAAGAGAAAACCACUUACCCGGACGUACCUCUCGGCCUGUUGAUGCCUUCUAAAAGUGAGCAGGAUCAGUAUGCAAAGAGCGCGUUUACCAAAGUUUCGAACCCUGUGAGGAUCGACAGCCCCAACAUGUCUCCCGCGGUUUCCCCGGAAUUGACCUAUCAAGAAAGCAUGAGUCCUCCGAUGAGGGAGAGGUCGCCUCAGUAUUACAAGCAAGUGCAUUAUUUCCCUUCAAAGCCGAUCAACGCUCCUUAUCUGUACCAGCCGAAUCUUUCGAGGGAGAAAGAAAGGACGUCACCGGAGACGUUUCAAGGUCCUUUUAAAGUGCAAGAUGACAAGGGCUCCGGGUCGAAGAGGUAUCCCGGAGAGGUUCUCCCCUAUGGAGGUCUCGCCAUGGCCGCAUAUCCUUUCCCAGGGACAUUCGGCGGUACUGGUCCUCAGGUACCAGCGUUGCUGACGGCCGCAGCGAACGUCACGGCAGCGCUUCUUCCGCCCUCUUUGGCUGCGUUGACCCUCCCCGCGCAGAACGUCUGCGCCAAAUGCAACAUAAGCUUCAGGAUGACCUCGGAUCUGGUCUACCACAUGCGCUCCCAGCACAAGAGCGACAGUUCCGUCGCCGACAACCAACGCAGGCGGAGAGAACAGGAUAAACUCCGUUGCCCCGUCUGCAACGAGUCUUUCAGGGAGAGGCACCACUUGACCAGGCACAUGACAGCCCAUCAAGACAAAGACGGUGACAAAGUCGACGAAGACGAAGACCCAGGCAGACGCAGGAUGCACAAGUGACAUAGAUCCGUAGCUCAGGUAAAAGGAAAAGAAAUCGAUUACAGGAACGCUUACUUUCACACCGAAUCCUUUAGCCACAACUAUUAACCAUAUCUUCUAGUCAAAGUGUUUAACUUUAUGUUACAAUUUAGCCACGUAGAAUUUCGACUUUAUCCACUAAGUGUACAGCUAGGCAUGCAAUAUGUAAAUAUCUCGGCCAAGGCUCUCGUGCAAUAUUUGUUAUUAAGACUAUUAUUACUAUCGAUGUUACCUUUUUAAUGUAAAAUAAAUGUAUAUUUAUGUAAU